CUCUUGAACGCGUCCUCGAAAGGAAUUCUGGGAACUACAAGAUGGCGGGAUCUUCAAAAGCUCCGCCGAGAGACCGAGAUGACGUCAUAAUAAAGAGUGAAUAACGAAGUGCAGCGUUAACCGUCGGAACCGGAACCGUGGACCGGCUCACCGUUAACGGGCCGCCGCCGGUAACCAUGAACCGAGUCCGCCGGAGGUUCGACCCCCGGCCCGGUCCGACAGGCUCACCGACCGCCGCCUCCAGAACCAACCGACUCAGCAGAAGUUUCCGGCAGACUCAGCAGACAGCGGCGGAGGUCCACUCUCCACAGAGCCAACGGCCGGAGUUUAAGACCCCGACCAGAGUCCCGAGAUCCAGAGCGGGUCCUGGUUUCAGCGCCGAGUCUCCGCACAACGACUCCGACUUUCAGCAGGACAUCAUCUGGGACGCCACGUCUCCUUCGCCCAACAGACUCGGUAAAAGAGGCAAGAAACAGCCGACUGGAGUUGUGGACAUCUCCGAGAUCGUCAGCAGGAUCGCUCCAAAGCACGGCCGGCCGAAGGUUGCAGAGCCGACUUUGCAGCAGUGGAUCGGAGACAGCGCCGCCAUCCCCUGCACGCCGGACCUUCAGGUUCCCAAACCCAAAAAGAAAUCCCCGAGGCCCAACGGAGUGGACGACCUGCUGAAACUCGCCAAACAGUUUGACUUCAACAUGUUUCACCAGGAUGAAGAAGAAGUGGAGGAGCACCAGCAGAGUCUGGAGCUCCUGUCAGACGACAUCUUGGAUUCAGUCUUUUCACCUUCGCUUCCUGGAAACCGCCAACCAGCGGCGAACGCAGCGGCCGGCGCGGACCCGGAUCAGCAUAUGGAGGACGAUCUGGAGUUUCUGUUUGACGGGCCGACCCAACACGUGAGCGGAAAUCUAAGUCAGGUGUCUUCGGCUCAGCCGUCACAAGCGAAACCGUCUCCCAGAGAGGCUUCUGGGAAACCGCCUUCUUCCUCACACGGCUCCACUUCUGGUGUUUCUACGACAAACACUAAAGGCGCCGCGGCGAACGAUGAGUUUGAGGACGAUUGGGAAAACGACGACUUGCUAAAUGACUCUCUGGUGUUGGAGAUGACCCAGAAUCCGCAGAACUUCGCGGCUCCGAGUCACUGCUCGACCCAGAAACCAGCCAGUGGAACAAAACAUCAAAGGGAAAGUCCAGCAGAUGUUCCCGUCAGUGGAGGUGUCGGCCAAUCAGCUGCUUCCAAGGUGGGGAAGGACAAGGUGAGACAAAGAACGAGUUUCAAACUGGAGUCUAAUUCAGAUUUCUCCGCCAAAAGAAUCCAGACAGACACACGGACAAACCCGAAGGUGGAUUACAGCUCGGAAACGGCACUUAAAGACACUCAUCAGAGCAGGUUUUCAUCCGGUACCGGUGCUUCGGUCAGCGCCGGGUCUCAGCGUACCACGGCGGCGUCGGACCCACAGAAACCGUUUCAUCAAAAGACUUCAGCUGGAAGCUCCAACACGUCAAACACAGCUGCUACCAAACCCCCUCCGAGCUUUCCACAAAGACCUGCGGUACUUCCGACCCACCGCCAGCCGCCUGCUGUCUCCGACCUCCUGGACGAGGACCUGGACUCUUUCUUCACGACCGACCCGGUCUGGGAUGACCCGGCUGACGACGACCUGCUGUGUGAGCUGUGUGAGGACUUGGAGAACCAGAUCCAGAACACUGAGAACGUUAAAACCACUAAUCAGACUCUUCCUGUGGGUCAGAACCAGAGAGCGGCUCUGCAACCGGCCAGCAGAACCUGGGACAACAGAAACCAAUCAGCCAAUCAGCAACCGGUUCCCCAAAAACAGACGCCAACCGCGCUCCCCUGUGCUCCGGCUGCUGGUUUCACCUCUAACAGCGUUACGGCCGUACAAAGGAACACAGUGACGGGUUCUUUCAGGUUCACUCAGGCAAGAAACGCAUCAGGACCCACGAACACUUCAGCAUGUGUGCAGGGGAGCGGCCGGGUCCAGGGGACCGGGUCCAGGGGAACACCCGGGUCCAGGGGAACACCCGGGUCCAGGGGAACACCCGCAAAGACCAGUUCACCUUCAAGAAGCCGAACAGCCCGGUUCCUACGGCGGCCUGUAAAGUUUCGAGCAAAUGUUCAGCAGCGGAGAUCGAGCUGAAGAAGCAGCAGGCGAUGGAGAGACGGCGACAGCGACUGCAGGCCGCCCAAAACCUCCGAGCUCCCACCUGAGUCACCUGCAGCCGUCAGAGCUCCGACUGCGGCUCCUCCUGAUCAAUGUAAAUCUCUCAAUCGGCUCGGCCAACGCUUCCUGUACGAAUUACUUCCUGUAAAAUUAAACUGUACACGUAAUGUCAAAUCAUGUUUAUGUUGCCUUUCUGUUCAGAUCUUCUACCGCUUUUUCUCUCGUUUUUAAAAUCAAAACCAUGUUUUUAUGUGGAGCUGGAGUCAGGAUGUGGUUAGCCUAGCUUAGCAUAAAGACUGGAAGCAGGGGGAAACAGCUAGCCUGGCACAAAUACACCAACAGCACCUCUAAAGCUCACUGAUUAACACACUGCACACAAACUGAGAGCUUCAGGUAUAGUGAACUAUUUCUUGACAGACCACAGUGUAUCCCUCCGCCCGCCGAGAUCGUCUUCCUGCCCGACGUCGUUUACGUAGUUUGACGUUUUCUGUGUCUGACGUUCCCGUGGCGUCGAUCUGACACAGAAGUAUAAAUCCGGUUUAUUUCUUAACUUUGGACAGAGCCUGACCAGCUGUCUUUAUGCUAAGCUAGGCUAACCACAUCCGUCUGAUGGGUUAAAAAAGUUAAAAAGCUGAUUCAGGAAAUCGUUCAUACGCUGUCUCUUUAAAGAGCUGCUUACCGUCAGGCUAGCAGUUUCCCCCUGCUUGCAGUCUUUGUGCUAAGCUAGGCUAACCACACACAGUUGGAUAUUCCUUUACGUUAUUCUAACCUCUACAAUCUGCUGUGUUCUCUGUAUUUUCUGUGAAGCACUUUAACUGAUUUCAGUGUUUUACCAAUAAAAUGUUUUAUUGUCGAUAUC